GGUAUAGAUGUGAACGAGAGACGGUGAUAGUUUUCCUGUUAUUAAUAAACAAGCCGGCGGUGUGUGUGUGUGUGUGUUGGGAUUAAAAACGCAAAGUGUAGGAACCCAAGGAGACAAGCAGGAUGGGUUUACUUCUGUCUCUGAGUUUAACCUGGAUGUUCCUGCUGGCUUCUGCACUGCUAUCAGAGCAGAUGAAGAUUCAGCCACUGAUUUAUGACGAGCAGUUGCUGUGGGUGCGUAGCGGUGCGGGUCAGGUGAACACGUAUCGCAUCCCUCUGCUGACGUUCACGCCUCGAGGUAGCCUGCUGGCUUUCACCGAGGCCAGGAAAGACUCGUCAGGUGACAUCGGAGCAAAGUUCAUAGCGAUGAAACGUUCCACAGACAGAGGAGCUACCUGGUCUCCUACGUCCUUCAUAGUGAACGACGGCGACCUGGUGGACGGCUUGAACCUCGGCUCGGUUGUAGUGGAUGAACAAACGGGUGCUGUGAUCCUGAUCUACUCACUGUGCUUUCACCAGUACCAGUGCAGCCCGUCCAGCACCAUGUUAGUGCAGAGUGUGGAUGAUGGUUUGUCCUGGGGCGCGCCUCGCAACCUCUCUGUCGAGCUGGGAGUGAAGAGCUUCGCACCCGGGCCAGGAUUCGGCAUUCAGAAACGCUUGAAUCCAGCAGCAGGCCGUUUGGUGGUGUGUGGUCACGGCACUAUCGAGGGCAACGGGGUGUUCUGUAUCCUGAGCGACGAUCACGGGCGCACGUGGAGGAACGGGGGAUCACUGAAGAGCAUCCCUUAUAACCAGCCCAAACAAAGCCAAGACUUCAACCCUGAUGAGUGUCAGCCGGUGGAGCUGCAGGACGGCAGCAUCAUGAUCAAUGUGCGAAACCAGAACAACUACCACUGCCACUGCAGGAUGGUGGUGCGGAGUCUGGACGGAGGAGAGACCCUGCCCGUGGAGGAGCUGACGUUCGACCAUACGCUGGUGGACCCUGUAGUGGCGGCUGGAGCGCUGCAGAAGGAGGACGUGCUGUACUUCAGCAACCCGGCCAACGCCAAGGACAGGGUAAACAUGACUCUCCGCUGGUCGUAUACGAACGGGACGACGUGGGAAAACGAGGCGGUGCAGAUCUGGGCCGGGCCGAGCGGCUACUCCUCCAUGACAUCCAUUAACGGCAACUCGGUCGAAGAUAGAAAGUAUAUCUACCUCAUCUACGAGAAGGGCCACAAAGAAAUCAUCGAGACCAUCUCUAUCGCCAAAAUCCACCUGUACGGCGGCAGGUAAAGGGAAAAAAAAGGAUAACAGAAAUGUCUGUUGAACAUUGGACCUUUAAGAGUGGAGGAAAGGUGUGCUCUGAGUUUGCAGUAAUUUACAAGUUUAUUUGCUUGCUGAUCAAAGAGUGUAGGUGAUGAAUGAUUUUUUUUAAUUAUUCAUUAAAUUCCACCUUUUUUAACACAACUGAUAAUCCAGCACAAGUACACAGACCGGAAAGUCCUGGGAGAACUGCUUGAUCAACUGUCUUCCAAACCUACAGAAACCUGAAGUAUUAACAAUAGAUCUAGAGCCACGUUCGUUAUUUUUACAAAUAAUCAUGUAAAAUGAUUCAUAAAUUUUGUUAAUCUCUACUUUUAAAUUGUAAUGUUCAAAAUUUUGUGGUUUAACAGGGACAUAUUAUUAUUAUAAUUAUUUUUAUUAUUAUUAUGGUCCUUUUUUUUUUUUUUUUAGCAGGUAGGUUUCUAAGGUUCCCGAAUUGCCCUUCAUUUUUCACUCCUGUUCCAUACGCUCCGUUUCAGUGUCUGUAGCUUUAUAUGAAAACCAGCUGCUGUUUACUCCAUGAACCUUUAUGGAAGAGUGUUUUUCAAGCCAAUCAGAAAGAAAAAAACAGUGGGGAACAAUAAAAAAUAUUUCAUCCCAUUUAUACUGAUUUUAAUUUAAUUUAAAUUUUUAUUUAAAUUACGUUUUAAAUUUGUUUAAAUUAUGUUUGUUCCAUAAGGUGAAAUUAAUUGGCUUGUUUACAUUUUUUUCUAAUUUGUUGUGUGUAUGUAUACACACACACCUUGGUGACCCAUCUUAAGAUUUUCAAAUGACUAAAAAAUGAAUUGAGCUUAGUACGUCCGUCCCAUUUAAGGUUACUUUUUACUAGAUUUUUAUUCAUUAUUGUCCUCAUUAUUCCAGUUUACCACAAACAAAAUUGCACGUCUAAGCUAUUGCAGCUAUUUUCUUUUUUUUUUUACAAUAACGCACAAAGCCUCUUAGUAAUAAAAUAAUCUAUCCGAACUGCACAUUUUAUAUCACAUGACAGCCAUUACCACCUGAGCUUCUACAUAAUCGUGUGGGUUUUCUUUCCUUUUUUUUUCCUCUUCGGUCACAUGUGCUUGCUGAAAUGUUUGUACGAAUUGGAACUCUGUAAAACGAGUUCAUCAACUCAGGUGUCUUUUGUCCUCCGGUUAUUUAUUUUUUUCUGUAUGACAGAAUAGGAAAAGAAAACAAUUUCACCUAGUUUUUUGAAUCAACAGAUCUGCAUUCUAUUCCAGAUUUUAUAUUAAACAUAUUUUCCUUUAGAAUUAUGUCAAUGAUAUAAUUUGUGUGUGCAUGGGCAACAGUUCUCAUUCUGUUUGUGUCGAGAGUUAAGUGUGCAUUGUAUAAACCACUAAUUGUGAUAUAGAUCAGUCAUCCAUGUGUUUUUAAAACAUUCUGUACCUUCAGGAUAUAAAAAAUAAAAUAAAAAAUCCAUAGAAGCCCCAGAUCAUGGGUCGUGCAAUGACAUUUUCAAUUUUUCUCCUUUUUAUUUUUAUUAUUUUUUCAAAUUAUACUUACAUACAUAACCUUAGAUUGUUUUUUUCCCUACAAGGUUUCUCUGCUCUUAAAAAAGUAAAAGCUUUGAAUUAACAAGUACUCAACCCUACUGUACAUGUUAACAGCAUAGCAUAUGAUCGUUAAGGAUUACCUAAUCAUUUACUUAAAGUGUAUUUUUAAUAAAUAACUUGCAUUUGGUCUAAAAUUUGGGUAUCAUCAUUGUACUUUUGUUCAUCAGAGUUAUUAUUUUGAAAAAAAAAACAUAUAUGUUAUAUUAUUACUUUGUUUUUUUCUCAUGAUUUUUAUGAAAAUCCAAGUAUGAUGCGCUCAUGUAACAGAGUUGAGUCUUACACUAAAUAAAAAAAUGUUGGUUUUUUUUUUUUUUUUAUCCUACAGUAUAAAAGAUGACUUGUGCAGGAAAAAUGGUUCAAGCAUGAUUAAAUCUUAUGUUUCGAGAUGAGGCUGUUGUGACGGACACUUUACCUGUGGCUUUUACCUUUACAAAUGUAUUUGUAAAUAUAAUAUCCGUGACAUAAAUGGCAAUAAUAAUUUAA